AUGGCAAAAGAUGAAGACGAUUCCACGAAGUCAUGGCGUCUUUUCACUUCCGAAGAUAUGGUCCAAGGUUACAAGCCAAAAAGUGUUAGGAAGCGCAAAAAUUUUGCAGAGAAAGAGAAUGUCUCUGGGAAUUCGUCUAAAAGAUUUUCUUUUCCUCUCACUCCACUGACACCAAACAGCUUAGGUGAAUCACAAACAGCAAAUGCAACUCCUGAGACUUUAAACAGUAGGACAUCCACCUUGGAAGAUGGAGGACUUGGCAAGAGGACUAUUUUUAAUAGGACAGAUGAAGACGAUUCCACGAAGUCAUGGCGUCUUUUCACUUCCGAAGAUAUGGUCCAAGGUUACAAGCCAAAAAGUGUUAGGAAGCGCAAAAAUUUUGCAGAGAAAGAGAAUGUCUCUGGGAAUUCGUCUAAAAGAUUUUCUUUUCCUCUCACUCCACUGACACCAAACAGCUUAGGUGAAUCACAAACAGCAAAUGCAACUCCUGAGACUUUAAACAGUAGGACAUCCACCUUGGAAGAUGGAGGACUUGGCAAGAGGACUAUUUUUAAUAGGACAGUACAAAAUCAAAUAGCAACACCAACAACUCCGCUCUCUAACAUUACUAAUGUCUUGGGAAGUCCGCAACUUGCUAAUAGGAGCACAAUCAAAACAUCCAUCUUGGAAGAUGGAGGCCUUGCGAACAGGACUAUUUUUGAUAGGACAGGGCAAAAUCAAAUCUCAACCCCAACAACUCCGCUAUCUAACAUCACUAAUGUUUUGGGAAAUCCACUACUUACUAAUAGAAGCACAGCUAACUUACAUCUUGGGAAUGGAACUCAAGAAUCAAGAAAAAAGCUUUUCUCCAGCAUUUCAUCUCAUAAUGGAAAAUUGAAUGUCGGUGCUAAUUUAACACGUACUGGGAACGCUGUGAAGAAAAGAUUUGAAGAAACAACAAAAACCCUUUUUCCUGAAAAAGCAUCUCAGAAUGAAGAGAAGACCAGAUAUCUGCAAGAUGAUGACAUUGAGUGUUCCAUUGCUACGGACUGUGUGUUAUCUGAAGAUUCAGACAGUGAAUUCGGUUGUGAUUCUUCCAGCACUGAUGAAGAUUACAACACUGACAUGGAUGGACAUUCGGACAGUGGAACCGAAGAUCAUAGCGAGUUUGAUACAGUCAAACUACUUCAAGAGGAAUAUGUUAGCCUUGGAAGUCCAGAAUCUAUAUGUCCAAAAUGUAACGCACGACUUUGGAAAGAGGAGCGCACGAAUAAAAAAGUCACAAAAAGAAGUCCAAUUUUCUCACUGUGCUGCAAGAAGGGAGAUGUUAGCCUUCCUCCGACUCCUCCCACUCCGGAUUAUCUACUGGAUCUCUAUACUAAUAAGGAAACUGCAGGUUAUUUCCAGCGUAGCAUCAGGCUAUACAAUGCCAUGUUUGCUUUUACAUCAACAGGUGGAAAUGUUGACCACUCUAUAAACAAUGGAAGAGGUCCAUAUGUCUACCGACUAAAUGGACAGAACCAUCACGUCUUUGGGCAGUUAAUUCCUGAUGAUGGCCAACCACCAAAGUAUUGUCAACUCUACAUUUACGAUACAGCCAAUGAAGUUAAUAAUAGACUUCGUUGGGUUAAUGUUGAAGAUCAGAAAACAGUUGAUAAGAAUGUCAUUGAAGGUCUUAUCAGCAUGCUUGAUGAGACCAAUGAAUUGGUUGGGAAAUUCCGUAUGGCGAGAGACAGAUUUGAGCAAGCUGACUUUAUUGAUUUAAAGGUAGAACUGAAGGUCUGCAGAUCACAGAGUGGCAGAGAAAAUCAUAUAUCAUCAUCUGAUGAGGUAGCUGGAAUCAUGGUUGGGAAUUCUGACAAUACCACUCCAGAUCGCGACAUAAUAGUAGAGCAAAAAUUUGGUGGCUUAAAGAGAAUAUCGUAUAUUCAUCCGAAGCUCAUGGCUUUGCAAUAUCCUCUUCUAUUUCCAAAUGGUGAGGAUGGUUACCACGAUCGGAUACCUUUUCAGAGUGCUGACAAGAAUGCUCCAAAGGAUUCGGACAUGAUUUCAAUGAAGGACUACUAUUCAUACAGAUUUCAAGUUAGAGCAAAUGAAGGCCUGACUCCUAGAUUAGGAGGAAGACUUUUCCAACAGUACAUGGUCGACGCUUUCUCCUCAAUUGAGCAGACUAGGUUGUGGUGGUUUCGUACUCACCAAACAAUAUUGCGUAAUGAAUUGUAUACGCAUAUUUCUGAUUCUGUUAGGAAAGGCGAUGCAAACUCCGCAAAUGUUGGUAAAGGUGUGAUAUUGCCUGCUGGAUAUGUUGGUUCAAAGCGCUACAUGCAGCAAAAUUUCCAGGAUGCGCUUGCUGUCUGUCGCCAUGUGGGACACCCUGAUAUUUUUCUCACGAUGACCUGUAAUUCAAUGUGGGAUGAAAUACUUAAGAUGAUGACCUAUGUGCCUGGAUGCAUCCCAGCCAACUGUCCUGAUAUAAUUUCCAGAGUGUUCCGAUUGAAGUUAGAGCAACUCACCAAUGAUAUUAAAAAAAAAUCGCACUUUGGUAAAUGUAUUGGAGUAAUGUAUGUUGUGGAAUUUCAAAAAAGAGGACUUCCACAUGUACACAUGCUGAUUUGGCUUGACGGAGCAUCCAAAAAGUUCUUAAAAGAAAAUGUAGACAAAUUUGUAUCUGCUGAAAUUCCGGACCCUGAGCUCGAUCCAAUUGGUUAUGCUGCAGUCAAAGCUUAUAUGAUGCAUGGUCCCUGUGGUUUGCAGAAUCCCAAAUCUCCUUGCAUGAAGAAUUUCAAGUGUAUCCGUCAUUUUCCAAAGAAGUACUGUGCUAGAACUGUUUUUGAUGACAGUGGUUUCCCACUAUAUAAGCGGCGGAAGCAGAAUAUUACGGUUCAUGUACACAAGGCUGACUUGGACAAUCAGUGGGUAGUCCCGUACAAUCGUGAUCUAUUGGGGCAUGACACUGCAACUGUUCAAAUCACUAGACGUCGCAAGAAGAAUCAAAAUAACAGUGCUGCCGAGGUGGUUGAUGAGAUCCAAGCAUAUUUUGACGGUAGAUAUGUUUGUGGUUCUGAAGCAGCAUAUAGGAUCUUUGGCUUUCCUAUUCAUCACAGAACUCUUUCUGUUGAGAGACUUCCAUUUCAUUUGCCAGGUCAAAAAAGUUGCACAUUUCGUGCUAAUGAACCUCUGCACAAAGUGCUUGAGCGUGAGAAAGAAAAGCUUAGCAAACUUGAAGCAUUCUUUAUGUUGAACACUGUGGAUGUUGCAGCACGUUGUUACACGUACGAUGAAAUACCACAACAUUAUGUCUGGCACGACACUCUAAGAAUGUGGAGAACGAGGAAAAGAGGCAACCAAAUUGGACGACUUUCGUACACGCAUCACAGUAGCGGUGAAGUUUGGUACUUGCGCAUGCUACUUACAAAGGUUCGAGGACCUACAUCAUUCGAACAUCUCAGAACAGUUAAUGGUGUUGUUUGCCAAACUUUUCGUGAUGCCUGUAAGGAAUAUGGAUUGCUGGAUGAUGACAAAGAAUGGCAUGAUGUCCUGGACCAAUGUGCAGCUGGUGGACUACCACCACAAAUCCGUCAGCUGUUUGUACAUAUCAUAGUUAAUUGCAAAGUUACUGAUCUUGCAAGCCUGUGGAAUAAUCAUUGGAAACAGAUGGUAGAUGACAUAUUGUUGAAGCGUCGUCUACAAAGUAAAGAUCAGAAACUAAUUCUCAAUGAUAUGCAACUACAAUUUUAUGCGCUUGCAGGUAUAGAAUCUUCUCUUAACUGUAGCUGA